AAAAUUUAUUUAAAAAACAGCCGCCAUAUCGAAUGAUAAUCUGCGUUAAAACGAUAAUAUAUAUCGAAGAAUCGAAAUCGCAAAGUAGUCGCGGUACGUCUGGUACUUUCAAGACGAAUUUCUUAACUAACAUCAAAAACGAAUUUUUGAUCGUUUUCAAAUAUUAUAAAAAAAAAAAAAACGUUAUUAUUUGAUAUAUAUGAAUUUAGAAUCACUAAUUGAAUAAAUAAAUACUUUAAUAGAAAUCGUCGAAUAAUAUUUUUUAAUAAACCGUGCUAUGCAAUCACAUGGGGAUGGCGAAAGAAUGUCAACGAUCAAUAGUAUUACGAAAAUGAAUUGGUGAUUCGUACGUUGAAAAUUUUGUGCACAACAUGGUGUCUGGAGAUCACGAAAGAUUGCUGCCGGAACCGGAAAAUUAUGUGAAAUGUUUUUAUGACCUUUUCAAAAGUAUCGCAGAAGCACAGAGAAACAAAGAAGAAUGGAGAAAAUGUAAGAAAAAUAAAUCUAUUCGUAAGAGGGAUAAGAGAAAGAUUGAUUUAAGUGGAGAUUUAAAUUAUAAUAAUCCACCAGAGAUAGAAUUAUCUUGCAAUGCUUCUGCAUUUGCUGUAUUUGCUAGUGUUAGGAGUGCUAUUUUGGAGAGGCAUACUAGAACAUCAAAUGAAGUUUAUAGAGUAUCAAAUUGUAAUUCUCCACCAUCACCCGAACAUAGUGAAACUAUCGAUACUGAAAGUGAUGAUGAAGAUAGAAUAUCAACUAUACAGAGCUUACCAAAGAUUGUAGGUAUUGGUUUACGAAGUGUUUUUACAUUGAUGAGAGAAAGUAGAACAAUUGAACCUGCUUUGUGUACAAAAGCAUUAUCAGCUUUAUUGGAUGUAUUACAAGGACAACUUCCUGAAGGCCUGAAAUCUGAACCAGAUGAUGUUAUUGAUCCACUUUUUGACCUAUUAUUGGAUCUUGCAACUUCACAUGGGCCAGAAUCAGCAGCUGCCAAUGAUGGAAGUCAUUUAACUGCAGUUGCUUGUGCAUGUUUAUUGAGUCUUGUGGUUGUUAGAGGUGAUACUGGUCGUUUGUUAGCAGCGAUAGCAGCUUUACUUAUGUGUCCAAGAGUAUUAGCAAUUCAAAAUAUUCAGAUGCCAUGUGUAUUGACAUCUUUGCAAAGAAGUGUACAAGCUGUUUUACUUGGAAAACUUGCACGACCAGACUGGAUUACAUAUGGAGUUCCUAAAUGUGCUAAGAUUUAUACGCUUAAGUUACCAAAUGAGAUAAAUAAUAUAAUAUUAAAUGGGCGAAGCUUUGUAAGUGAUGGAAAGUACCUGUAUCUACAUACAAGUAGAGGAUUAUUGAAAAUUGGCAGUGGUCAUGGUGGAACUAUUUGGGGUCAUAUGUAUAUUCAGAAGGCGGAUUUUUAUCCAACAGAAACGGGUUGGCUUGGUUAUGCAAAUAACACGCUGUAUUUUAAGUAUACACCUAGAAAACAGAGCGAGUUAUUAAUUAUAGAUGCGGAAACUCUUACAGUUACGGAAAUUGCUGUUUUAGAAGGUCGUGAUUGGUCAUCCUCCGUUAUGUUUUCUGAUGGUGAAUGUUUAGGAAUGAUAACUGCAGGAAAAGAUGAUGGUUUUGUAGUCAGAACAAUAAAUACAUUAAGUAAUCCAGUAACAGUUGCAUCAGAAUUACCAUUAAAAUUAGCAAGAAAAUGUGUAGAUGUUUUUGGAUAUGCUACUUUUGAUGAAGAACAAAGCACUCAUACAUUAAAUCCAGGCUGUGAUGAUGAAAUUGCUACAGUUAUUGCAGGAAAAGAAUUUGCAUUGUUAAAAACCGUAUCGGGAAAAGUUCUAUAUAGCGGAAAAGGAACUUCUCUCGGUAUGAAAAAUAACACAAGGCCUAACAGAUGGAUGGAAUUAACGCUUGGAAAAGGUCCAAGACCUGUAAAUUUUGCAGCUGGUCAUGAUGGUCAACAUGUUGUAAUGGUAAUGGAUGAUGGUUCGGUUUUAUUUGCUGGUACUGCUAGACGUGGAGAAGAUGGUGAUAAUAAUAAAGUUAGGCGACAACCUAAACCAGUCAAACCAAAAAAAAUAGCAAAAAUAGAAGGACAAUAUAUUGUGGAUGCUGCUUGUAAUAACGGAUCAACAGCAUUAGUUACAAAAGAAGGUUCUUUGCUGAUGUUUGGCAAAGAUACAUUGCACAGCGAUCCGGUUUCGGGGAUAAUUAACGAUCUUAGAGAUGUUUGCGUUGUUCAUGUUUCAUUAGGUAAAGCUCAUGCUGCAGCAUUAACUAAUAAAGGACAUUUGUACACAUUUGGAAUUAAUAAUAAAGGACAAUGUGGAAGAGAUUUUACUACAGUUCAUAGCGCUAUAAAUAAAGAUACUUCUUCUGUCGCUGUAGAAAUGGGUACAGCAGAAGAUGAACUUUUAGUAACUGAAGAAGAUGGUAUGGAAUCUACCGAAGAUUGGGAAGAAACAAAAGGUAUGUGUCCGCCUGGAUUACAUCAAUGGAGGCAUCGUGUUUGUAUGGUUUGUACAGUAUGCCGAGAAUGUACUGGAUAUAGCAUAUCAUGUUUAAGCAGUAUACGCCCAGAUCGAAAUCCAGGCCAGGAAUGUGGAUGUGGUGAAGGUGAUAGUGGAUGCGCGGAAUGUGGAUGUUGUCGUACUUGUGCAAGAAAAAGUUGUACUAAUGGUAGAUCAAGUUCAAAUUUUCGAGAAUAUUUACAAAGAUGCUUGGGAGAAAUAAAACAAAAGCAGAGAACGAAGGCAGGUCCGAGUACUGCAAAAUAUGGAAUGAAGUUGAAAGGUCCAAAUAAUCAAAGAUUGGCUGGUCCAAGUGUGAUCCAAAAAAUUGCUGGAAAAAUGGCAUUAGGAUUAGGUACUAAUUUAAUGAACGAAGAAGGUAUUGGUGGAAGUGAUAUUGAACGAGGCGAUGCUGCAAGAAUUGCUAGUAUACCACCAGCUAGAGUUCCUAUACCUAAUGAAAGUCCUGUGGUUCAAGUAUCUUGUGGUUUACAUCAUACAGUGGUACUCUUACAAAAUGGAGAAGUUUAUACAUUUGGAAGCAACAUAUAUGGUCAGUUAGGUGUAGGAGAUUUGAUAGCACAUGUUGGACCAGUACAUGUUAAAUUACCAGGAAUUGCAACUCAAGUUGCUGCUGGAAGCAAUCAUACGGUUGUACUUACAUCAAAGGGAGAAGUGUUUACAUUUGGAGCUUAUCAAAAAGGGCAAUUGGGCAUAAAUUGGUGGAACGGACAAAAUGAACUUUCAAAUUCUUCCCCUCAAAUUAGUCGUCGUUCUGAUAGGACGCAGCCACGCCAUUGUUUUCCAACUGUAGUUCCAAAUAUUGGUCCACAAUGGGGCAGACGAGCGACGUGGGUUGGUGCAAGUGGAGAUCAAACUUAUGUCAAAAUUGAUGAAAUAAAUUCUAUUAGUUUAACACGGAGUACUGUUAUGGCAAAUAAAAAUUGCAUAAUUUUAAUUCCACAUCAAACUGAUCAUGCAAAUUCUUUCAAAUGUUUAGUUAUAAGCAAAAGAGAUGGUACAUGCAAUAGUUAUAGUGGAACUGAUCAAGUUGAUUUCAAUAAUUGCGCUACGUGUUUAGAUCCUUUAUAUAACGUGAUUUGGACUUUCAAUCCUAUAAAUAGUGAAAUAAGUUUAUAUAAUAUUAUAUCAACGGAAGUUAGAACAAUUCCUGGAUUAGAAGUUUCUAUUUUGAGUCCAGGUUUAACUUUACCCGUAGUAUCGAAUUGUUUCGUAACACGUUCUCAGGCUGCAAUGCAUUUAUUGGGUUGUUUAGAUACCCUUACACAAGCACAAGAUGAAAAUUUCUCUAUAGUAGAAGAAAAUGAAUGUAACCAAUCAACACACGGAAAAGUUUAUAGUCGUGAAGAUUUUGUCACGGUCAAUAGAUUUGAAAGCCAUGGUGGUGGUUGGGGAUAUUCUGCACAUUCAAUCGAGGCUAUUAGAUUUAUGCCUGAUACUGAUAUUUUACUGGGUGGAUAUGGAUUGUUUGGAGGUCGAGGAGAAUAUACGGCAAAAAUAAAACUCUUUGAUAUUGGAAUGGAUGGAGGGGAUCAAGAAAAUGAUGGCGAGCUUUUAGCAGAAUCUGAAGAAAUACCAUACGAAUGUGGACCGCGACAAAAAUAUUCAAUUUUAUUUUACGAACCAAUUCCUUUGCAAGCAAACAGAUGGUACGUUGCAUGGGCUAAAGUUAGCGGUCCAUCUAGUGAUUGUGGAUCUGGUGGUCAAGGAAUGGUCACAGCAGAAGAUCAAGUUAUGUUUUAUUUUAAAUCUUCGAAAAGAUCCAAUAAUGGAACCGAUGUAAACGCUGGACAAAUUCCGCAAUUAUUAUAUCGUAUCGUAACACCCGAAAAUCAAACUCCUAAUAGGCAAAGGGAUCGCAUCGAACCAGUUUAUGUAUUAAAAAGAGAUUUCAGCAGAACGGUUACUAAAGAAUGUUUUCAAUCAUUAAUAUCUCUCCUUCAAUGGAGUUGGAAUACAUUAAAAGCAGCGUUAAGUGAUAUCGUGGUUCAUAGCACUUCUUCUCACACGCUUGAAGUGGAGCGUUUAGUUUACAUUAGUAAAGCUAGUUUACGAUUACUUAGAAUCUACACCAAUGAAAUUUAUCCAAAUCAAGUGGGGAAGAAAACUCCAGCUGAAUCGGUUCGAUUAGCAGAGUGCAUAGGUGAAGUACGUGCAUUGUUACAUCAAAUUUUGUCCGAUACCGUACCGUUAAAUGCUAAAAGCAAAGGAAAAACGCGAUUAAACAAAAGUAAGUUUUUAUAAUUUUACAAUUUUUUAUUUUAU